AUGAUCCAGGCAUAACGUUGCAUCGCGCCAGCAGUUCGCAGUCGUUAGUCGGACUUGGACCUGAUUGGAGCGAGCGAGAACGACCGAGGGACCCAUUGCCCAGAGACUCAUCUUCGAGCACUCCCACCGCGACACACUUUCACCGAUAACGAUGCUGAGGGAAACGAUACUCGUUUUCGCGACUCUGUUGGCGUUGGCCUACGCUACCCAAGUCAACAAGUGCGGAAGUGCUGAGAAGUUCGCGGAUGGGAAUCAGAUUAGGAUAACCAAUUGCGACGAGCAACCAUGCAAGCUGAAGCGCAGAACGACGCAAACGAUCGAGCAGAAGUUUGUGGCUGACAAAGAUAUUGAGAACGUGGUACACGCGGUAAGCGCAAUAGUUCUGGGCGUACCGUUACCGUUCGUUGGCGUGGAUGGGACCAGUGCAUGCUCGAGCAUCAGCAAUCUGGAUGGCACCCCUGCGGGAUGCUCGCUGAAGAAGGGCCAGGAGUAUAUCUACAAACGAGACUUCGACGUCUUACAAAUCUAUCCUACGAUCUCCAUGGUGAUCCACUACGCGUUGAUGGACGGAAACCACACGGUCGCUUGUUUCGAAGUCCCGGCGAAGAUCGUCAAGUGAAAGGAGUUGCCCGUUUUUACUGGGAGAGCUACCUCCGUGGAUUCCAGAAGCCGCGAAGUUGUGCCUCUACAUACGAAACUUCUGUACAAUAAGAUGGACGACGUGGAAGAGAGAGUGUUCGCUUUCGGAGACCGUUUUUCCCGCGAAUAGAACGAGUUUCACGUAGUCUUGUUUAUCGUCGAGCUUAAUGAGUAUAUAGUGCGUACGCGUGAUUGUAAUUAACAAUAAAAACCUUUUAUAGAA